GGUUUGGCGGGGCCUUUGUCUCCCUGCUGCCAGAGCCCUAGGUCUCGUGUUCACUGCUGUGUGUCCUCUGCUUCUGUAGGCCCGGCUUCCGUGGCCCUGUGUCCUGCAGGUAUUGGGAGAUCCACAGCUAAGACGCUGGGACCCCCUAGAAACCUAGAAAUGGAACCUUUGCAAUUUAGAGAUGUGGCCAUAGAAUUCUCUCUGGAGGAGUGGCAUUGCCUGGACACUGCACAGCGGAAUUUAUAUAGGGAUGUGAUGUUAGAGAACUACAGACACCUGAUCUUCCUUGGUAUUGUUGUCUCCAAGCCAGACCUGAUCACCUCUCUGGAGUACGGAAAAAAACCUUUGACUAUGAGGAGACAUGAGAUGAUUGCCAAACCUUCUGUUAUGUGUUCUCAUUUUGCCCAAGACCUUUGGCCAGAGCAAAGCAUAAAAGAUUCUUUCCAAAAAGUGAUACUUAGAAGAUAUGAAAAAUGCGGACAUGACAAUUUACAGUUGAAAAAAGGCUAUAAAAGUGUGGAUGAGCAUAAGCUGUGCAAAAGAGGUUAUAAUGGUCUUAAUCACGGUUUGACAACUACCCAGAGAAAAAUAUUUCAAUGUGAUAAAUAUAAGACAGUCUUUCAGAAAUUUUCAAAUUCAAACAGACCUAAGAUACGACAUACUGGAAAAAAAUCUUUCAAAUGUAUAGUAUGUGGCAAAGCUUUUAACUGGUCUUCAAACCUUACUACACAUAAGAAAAUUCAUACUGGAGAGAAACCCUACAAAUGUGAAGAAUGUGGCAAAGCCUUUAAGCAGCCCUCAAACCUUGUGACACAUAAGAAAAUUCAUACUGGAGAGAAACCCUACAGAUGUGAAGAAUGUGGCAAAGCGUUUAAACAGUCCUCAAACCUUACUACACACAAGAAAAUUCAUACUGUAGAGAAACCCUACAGAUGUGAAGAAUGUGGCAAAGCCUUCAAAAGGUGCUCACACCUUACUGUACAUAAGGUAGUUCAUACUGGAGAGAAACCCUACAAAUGUGAAGAAUGCGGAAAAGCCUUUAAGCACCCCUCAUACGUUACUACACAUAAGAAAAUUCAUACUGGAGGGAAACCCUACAAAUGUGAAGAAUGUGGCAAAGACUUUAAGUACACUUCUACCCUUACUGCACAUAAGAGAAUUCAUACUGGAGAGAAGCCCUACAAAUGUGAAGAAUGUGGCAAAGACUUUAAGUGCACUUCUAAUCUUACUACACAUAAGAGAAUUCAUACUGGAGAGAAGCCCUACAAAUGUAAAGAAGGUGAAAAGCUUUGCCACAUAUCCUCACACCUUACUACACAUAAGAUACUUCAUACUGGAGAGAAACCCUACAGAUGUAAAGAAUGUGGCAAAGCUUUUAACCAUCCCACAAUACUUUUUUCACACAAAAAAAUUCAUACUGGAGAGAAAUUCUACAAAUGUGAUGAAUGUGGCAAAACCUUUACCUGGCCCUCACUACUCUCUAAACACAGGAGAACUCAUACUGGAGAGAAACCCUACAAAUGUGAAGUGUGUGGCAAAGCCUUUACUGCAUCCUUAACUCUAACUGAACAUAAGAGAAUUCAUACUGGAGAGAAACCUUACAAAUGUGAAGAAUGUGGCAAAGCUUUUAACUGGUCCUCAUACCUUCAUAAACAUAAGAGAAUUCAUAUUGCACAGAAACCCCAUAGUGAAGAAUGUGGCAAAUAUUUUAAAUGUUCCUCCACUUUUAAUAAGCAUAAGAUAAUUCAUACUGGAGAGAAACCAGAUGAAUAUGGGAAAGCCUUUAACCAGCCCUCAACUCUUACUAAGUAUGAGCAUUUAUAUGGAACACAAGCUCAUACAAAUAUAAAAAAUGUGACAAAGCUUUUAAAGGAAGUUCUCAACCCUUAUUACAUGUAAUUCAUACUGGACAGAAACCCUACAAGUGUGAAGAAUGUGGCAUGGCCUAUAAGAAGUUCUCAAUUCCUUUUUUAUUUUGAGAUGAAAUUUCAGUCUUGUCACCCAGGCUGGAGUACAAUGGCAUGAUCUUGGCUCACUGCAACCUCUGCCUCCUGGGUUCAAGCCAUUCUCCUGCCUUAGCCUCCCAAGUAGCUGGGAUUACAGUUGCCCACCACCACGUCUGGCUAAAUUUUUGUAUUUUUAGUAGAGAUGGGGUUUCACAAUGUUGGCCAGUCUGGUCUCGAACUCCUGACCUCAGGUGAUCCACCCGCCUUGGCCUCCCAAAGUCCUGGGUUUACAGGCGUGAGCCACCAUGCCUGGCUACAAGUUCUCAAUUCUUAAGAGACAUGGUGAUAAUGCUGAAGAGGAAAUCUACAAACCUGAAAGAUGUGACAGUGCUUUUAGUAACACCUCCAAAUUUCCUAUACAUAAAAAUAAAUUACACUAAUGUGAAACCCUAGAAAUGUAUAAAAUGUGACAAAGCCUUUAUAUGGUUGUAACACUGAUUGUAGGUUAGAUAAUUCAUACUGCCAAAACUCCUACAAGUGUGAAGAAUGUGGUAAAACUUAUAAUCAGUGCUUACACCAUAUUUCACAGAAAGCUAUUACCUUUGAGAAAAGUGAAUAAGUGUGUAAUAUAGUUUUCAUAUCCUUAUACUUUAUGCUGUUAUUUCUAUUGUGUUCACAUGUGAAAGCAUGUGAUCAAUUGUUGCUGCAUCAGAUAUGUUAGAGAUUGUUUACCAAUUGGGUAUUACUUAGAACCUUUUCUAUAAAAGAGUAAGAACAUUAAAAUCUAUGACGGAUGAUGAAAAUGUAAGUGGAGCGCCUCUUUGUAGUUAACUUAUACUAAGUAAUGUAUAAGGUGGGGGUUCAUGUUCUCAUUUGUAUUAUCGUACCCUAUAACUUCAUGUUGACACUUUGCUUUGUCUUUUGGAUGGCCUAACCUACGUUAACAUGUACGCAGAACAUCUUAAAACUUUUUUUUCAAAAGUUAUAAUGAAUUAGUUUAUUAGUAACAGAUAAAAAAAGUGGGGGUUCAGAGUAAUAUUUUUCUACAUUAUAGUGAGAGAAAAAUUAUUAUAGUUAAAAGUAUUAAAUUAGUAUAUUUUGCUAAUUGUACUUUCAUGUAAUAAAAUGCAGUACACUUAAAAAUUGUUAGAUUGUGUGUGAACUUAAUUUUAUUUUUUUUUACCAUGUUAAGACUAUUGUGCAUUUAAUGAAGCAUUAUUAUGCCACUAACUUUAACCUAUUUAACCUUACUCAAGGGUGUAGGUAAAAGAUGGUAAAAAUAUACUAUUUGGUUCAUAGUGGAAUAACAUCUCUAGUAAUCCCUUUGCCAGUGGCUUUAAACUGUAAAUCAGCUGAAGAAUAUUUUCCCACUGGUUAAAUUUUUAUUCUUUUUUCUUAUUGAAAUUAAUUAUUAGUAUUUGUGGGUAUAUAGUAUGUGUAUAUAUUUAUGCCUUAUAUGGCAUAUUUUGAUUCAGGCAUACAAUAUGUAGUAACUACAUUAGGGUAAAUAAGGUAUCCAUCACCUCUAGCAUUUAUCUUUUCUGUUACAAAGAGUGUAAUUAACACUUUUAGUGUAUAAUUUAGUGAGGCGGGUGGAUUGCCUGAGGUCAGAGUUCAAGACCAGCCUGGCCAACAUGCUGAAAGCCUGUCUCUAUUAAAAAUCCAGAAAUAACCAGGCAUGGUGGUGCAAGCCUGGAGACUGAGGCAGAAGAAUUGCUUGAAUCCUUAGGUGGAGGUUGCAGUGAGCUGAGAUCAUGCCAUUGCACUCCGGACUGGGGAAUAGAGCGAGACUCUAUCUCAAAAAAAAGUGAAAGAAAUAAAAUCCUUACAUUCUUAGUCCUGAAAAAUUAUUAAUAAACAAUUGUUAUUUAGUUUUUUUUGAACAUGUGGUCUCUCUGCCUGCAAACAUAUACACUUGUAGUUUUACAUAGAGUUAAAUAUACACAUAUUACUCUGAAGAUAACUUUAGGUGUAAGAAAAUUAUGCAAUGAGUAAGUGUGUUUGUGUGAGUAUGAGUUUGUACAUAUUUUCAGAAGAAAAGAGCAAUUAUUGGAACAAAAUGAAUUAUUUUAACAGGGUGACUAAUAAACACCUUGAAAAUGCUGAAAGCAAA